ACACUAAACAUUUGCUAGUACUGGAAAGCACAAAGCCAGAUUCUUUAGGUUCUGGUCCAAGUGAAGCUCUCCCUGUCCCUCUUCCAUUUUCCCUCUCCAUGAGCCCAUUUCAGAGGGAUUGGAGCUGCAGAUAUCUAGUUAUCUAAUAAUCCUAGAUUGGUCUAGUUUAAGGCUUUUUGUGACUUGAAGUGAUCUUGGGAUCAUCUACUCAAGAGGGGUUUAAAGAUAGGGCUGAGGAUUUAGCUCAGUGGUGCCACUGCCUGCCUCGCAAGUGCAAGGUCCUGAGUUUGAUCCACCAUACUAAAAAAAAAAAAAAAAAAAAGAGGCUGACUAAAAUUAUGCUUGACAAUAUCCUAGUAAAGCACAGGACAAAUGUCUGGCUUCCUGUCUCUCAGCCCAUGUGUUGUCACUUGAGAAUAUUUCUCCCAGCCUUCUCUAUUGCUUACCCUGUAGGUCUCAAAGAGCAACUUUUUUUUUCCUCCAGCAAUACUUGGGCAUUGCUGCUCUCCAUUUUCUUCCAGGAACUAAUUACUAUCUGAAAGCAUCUUCUUCAUGUAUUUGCUUAUUUUCAUUUACCUUUGAGUGGACUUUAAACUUCAUAAAAGUUGGGAUUCUGCUUGUCUGUUUCCCUGCUAUAUCCUCAGUGCCUAGGAUGGUUCCCAGAAAAUAUGGUGUGUUUGAACUAUACAGCAAAUGUUCAAAUUAAAAACCUUUAUGACAGUUAAAGCAAUGCCAUUAGUCCCCCUCAAAACACUCUCUUGCUUCAAAACAUCUCAUCAUUCUUGCCACUUCCUUUGUCCUUUGAUGAUUUAUUGUUUUGUGUAUUCAGUCUCGUGAAUUUUUAAUAUAGUAAUUUCAAUUUUCUUUAAGAUCUUUUAGCUGAAGAAGGGUGAGAUUAAUUGAAAAGAUCACAGGAAACUUUUACUCAAAACUCACAGGGCUAAAUAGCAUAAGAGAAAUUUUAGUACUACGUCUGAGUCUAUGUAAUGCAAGAACAUAUUGCGUGGAAAAGCAGCAGUUGAAGAAACAGGAGAAUUGAAUGUGAUAAUCCCUGGCAAACAACAAAUAUUCCAGAGAAAGCUAAAAAUUUUCCAAAAUUAUGAAGCUGAUAGAGCUCAGGCAGAGAUUUCCAAGGAAGUAAGUAAAGUGUAGGCUCUAGGGAGAAUGAAUAGAAAAUAGAUUAAUGUUUGUAUGUGACAGGUUGAGCAGGUAGAGUUGGAAGGAGGGAUUCAGAAAGCUCAGGAGGUUGGUGGAGCUGCUGCACUGGAGGGGGGAGGGGCGGUGGUCCAGCCUCUGGUUCUGGCCACCCCUCCCCCUCCCUCGGUGUGUAUGGGGGGUUCCUUUAUGAUGAGGAUAAUACAGCUCUAUGAUGUAGGGCCCGAGUGCUCCUCCUUGACCUGCAAGAGAACUCUCAGGGUUCAGUUGCCCACGAGCGACAGUAGCUUCAGAUGUUGGAGAAUCUUCUCUCUCUUCUGGAGAGCGAUAGCGCCUCAUGGCUAAAUUUCAGUUCCACUGCUUGGGUGAUGGAUAUGAUCCUAGCCGUUGCAUGUGGAGUGUUCAUUUUCCUCCUGAUAUCUCCAUUCCUUCCGGAUUGUCUAUCGGUACCACCACCACCAGUGAGAAAGAAAAAUCUCAGAAAGUACCAUAUGGUGAAAAAAAGCUGGAGCAAGAUGAGAAAGAAGAGCUGCACUCGGAAAGCUCGUAGAGAUUGCUGGGAAGAAGGGGAGGGGAUUGAUGAUCUGGCUUUAUUUCUACAAAGCUCCCUUGGGAAUCUUCUCCAUGGCAGCAGACUUUAUCAGCUAUUAAGAGAAGAUGCCCCUGAUGAGGAGUUCCAUUCGGUAUCUGACAGACCAAUUAGGCAGCCUUCGGAGAAUUGUUUUGUCUCCGCCUCAUCCUCUUUGGUUUCCCUAGCUCCUUUGACUGAGCACCUUCCACCUGUGGUCCCCACCUUGUCACCAGGUUUGAAGACUUUCCCAGUUUCUCUUGGGUCACAGCCAGCCUCGAGUGCCUCUCUACCACCAGAGCCUUUGACUCCUCCAAGAUGCCUUUCACCCCAGCCGCUUUUGCUUUCUACUUCGCCAUCACGUACUGCUAGUCCCAUGGCCUCCUGGCCACCUCUGCCAGACCCCAGCCUGGCUCUUCCUCAGUGGGAUUCAUCAUCACUCCCAUUGGGGAUCAUCCCACAGAACUCGAGUCCACCCAACAACUGCUCAUUGUCUUCCCCUGCCCCAGCAAUUUCAAUUCUUGGUCAUUCAGGCUGUCCCAUCUCAGCCCUCUCCCAUGGUCAGGAGCCUCCCAGAGCCUUGUGCCACUCCAGCUUAUCAGACAGUGAAUGCCAGGGAGGUCACCUUACCUGCCAAUCACCAGAGGCCUCAGUCCUGCCAGACAUUGCACACACACAGGUAGAGGAUGGGAGUUCUUACUUCCUCAAUCCUGAUGUCCAGAAAGUGCUAGAAAUACUGAUUAACAAGAAGGUGGAACUGAAGAUUUAUAAGAACACUAAAGAGGAAGGACAAAACAUUCCCCGGUAUUCUCUGGGGAACAUGUUAAAAUCACCGGACAAAGAAGAAGAUCCUAUCACCUCACAGGCCUUCUGGAAAACAAAAGGCAAAGCAGACCAUCUUCCUGCUUCACAGCAGCUUUUUUACCCCAAGGUCUUGGGAGACCAAUUGCAGCAGAAAUGCAGCCAGCUUUUCUGGGGUCUCCCCAUUCUACACAGUGAGUCCCUGAUGGAUAAUAUCAGGGCAUCUGGUGCCUCAUUAGAGAUUUCUCCUAUUUCAUUCAAUGGACUAUAUAAUCAUGUCCUGGUACAAACUAAUGUACCUCCACAAGUCUUUUCCCCCCAGCCCGUAGUCCACCAUGUGGCACAACCCCAAACUUUGACUCGAACCAUGCCUUCAUGCAAGACUCCACCUGUGUCUCAGAAACAGACCCAGGAGCAUGUUCCAUCUCUCCCAGUUGUACCUUGCCCUUCACCUCCAGUUAGGGCCUCGGAUGUUUCUUGUCCUACCAAUAAGAAGGGGAGGCAAUAUCCUAUUGCACCUACUAUUCAAUACCUACAACACAAACUUUUGAAGGAGCAAAAGGAGAAUAGGAGAGUUUUACCUUCUGUGGUCAAAAAAUCUCAGAAAGUCAUUAGCCAAUCUAUUGACAAAUACCAGGCCAGCCAGGAAAACAAGUCCUCCAUCAACUUCCCAGUGGAUGUUAUACAAUCUAAGCUCCAGGAAGAAAUGGAGCAACCUUAAAAAAUGGACAUGUGUGAACUGCCUCAGCAGAUCCACCUAACUCUGGGCUUGACAGAGCUCAGAGAAAAAUACCCAGGGACAAGUCAGGCAAAGGAAAAUUUUGGGCCUCCCCAGACCUCAGUGCUUUCAGAUAAAAGCAGCCAGGUCAUACAAAAGAUCAGGCCAGGGUGCCCAGAAAUAUUACAGGAAGAGAAAUACUCAAGCGAUAACCUGGAAAAGGUCCUAAAAAGUCUGUCUGGGAGUCCAGAAAACUCCCCAGUAAAUGAUCUAGAGUUUAGACCCCCAAGAAGUGAUUCAGGAAAUGAUUCAGCAAGAGUUCCAGACCAGAAGCACCUAGACGACAGCAUCAAAGUCCAUUCAAGUGGGAAGGCUGAGCAGACUGAGGACAAAAUCCCUUUGGAUGUUGAUUAUUCCACUCUUAGUGUAGACCAUGCUUGUGACCCUUCAGGAAAUUCCAAUACCCCUACUGAAACUGGGAAUAAGCCAUUUUUGAAGGAUCAAGAGAACAGCAAGAACAUCCAGGAUUUCUCUUUUCUUGAUCCUGACACUCAACAGGUGCUGGAAGCACAUAUAAAAAGGUUUUGGGUGAGGCACAGGUGGGGCCUAACCCUCAGGGUCAUCAAGGCCGUAGGUAUCUUCAAAUUGAAAAAAGCUGAUGCUUUAUUCUUUCCACAGCCUGCCUCUUCCUCCUCAGCCUCCAGUAACUCCAUGGCUGACUCCACCUCCCAGAAUAUCAAAUUCCUGGGAGAACCAUCUCGGAAAAUUCUAGGAGAGAAGGUGAAAGCAAUUAUAUCAGUUCUCAAAAUGCAGGGUCUUCUCACUCAAGUCUCCAACAGGCCUGGGAUAGGUACCUUUGGGCCAAGUUCAAGGCCAAAAAUAGACAGGUAUGAGCCACAGGACAGUGGAGUUGUGGGCUCAGGAGACCCUUUCCAUAGUGUGUCAACAGAGGAGAUGAAUAUAGGAUGUCUACAUUUAAGGGCUGGAGACAUCAAGGAGACAGUGAAGACUGAGAAGAAGCAGUCCUCUGACUGGGCAGUUACCAAGGGAGCCAGUGUGAUGUCAACCUCCCAAAAUCUUAAUCAAAGAACAGGAAGAUCCAGGAACAAAAGGAGCCCAGGAUCUCGAAACCCCAGUAUCCACCAAAGAGCAAGAGUAACGUGUUUGACCCACCGGGGAGAGUGCUUUGAGAGCCCAAGAAGAAUGAUCACUAAUAGACCAUCAUCUUCCCGAGGGAUAUGCAACCUCCUAAUGAAGGAGAGAAUGAGCCAGGAACAAAAGGAGCUCAGGAUGGCCAAACUCCAGGAUCCAAGGAUGAGUAAGAGUAAAAUGUUUGUUUCACCAGAGAGGAAAAAGAGCUUCGAGAGGCCCAAAACAGGAGGGAAGGAAGGCAGAUUUGUAAGAGGGAGGGGGGUUGGAGAGCUGAUUCCUUCUUCUCAGCUCAGGGAAAUAAGAGACACGAUGGGGAGCAAGUCUCUGCUCCUGUCAGAGAAAAAACAAGCAUCUUCAGAAAGCACCUUUGGGAACAGAGUAAGGAACUUUCUGCAGCACAUAUUGUCCGAUAAAGGCAGAGGGGAAGCAGAGUCCAUGCAGAAAGUCAAGUCACCAUCAACCACUACCCAAAGUCAAGGGUCAGUCACAAGCAGCAGACUCUGCAUGGAUAGUGGUUCCAUUGACGCUCAGGUGCUUGCGACCACUAUUGGACGGAUCCUGGAAGAGAAAAUGAAGCUACAACAUGAACUUUGUGCUUCAAAAGAAAAUGUAACCCAAGGGAAACCCCAGACAGAUAGGUGGUCCUCCUAUGGCAAGAAUGCUUCCUUACCUCAGCAGAGGAGAAUAAUGAGCAACAUGGCCUGUGGUCAGCGAGUCAGUCCCAAGGGCCACAGCCAUCUGACAAAUAGUAUGGUGAACACUGACAGGGAAAGCAAUCCUGCCUUCCCUCCCAGGGAGACUCAGCUCCUAACCAAUCACUUCCACCGUAUGCCCGUGGGGACAGGAACCUCAGACCACCCUGUUCACUGCCCCAGGCACUGUACCCUUCAGAAAAGGGUGUGUCCCAGUCAGUCACAGAAUGCUUCUCGCGUCUAUCCUAGUUUGCUGACUAAACCUGAUUUGUUUCAUUAAAGCACAUCUUGUGAGGGAUAAUGGCAUCUUCCUACUGAGAUGCCUGUUGCUUUCCAAUAAAUAUUUUUUCUCCUUAUCAGAGCGU